CGGUGGGCGGAGGCGCGUCCAGGCCUGCGGCGGGAGGAACAGGGUAGAGGCCGGCCCUCCUGCGACUCGUGGGCGUGGCCUCUUUGCCCCGCCCCUAGCACGCCCCUGGGCCCCUGUCCGGGCGGGGGUCCCCACCCUCCUCAACCCUGGACCCAGCGUGGCGCGCUCCCCCCUGGGUGCCAUGGCCUCGCGGCUCCUACACCGGCUGCGACACGCCCUGGCCAGCGAUGGCCCCGGGGAGGCAGCGGCGGCGGCGGGCCCGGAGGCCGAGCAGUUCCCGGAGAGCUCAGAACUGGAGGACGAUGACGCCGAGGGCCUGUCCUCCCGCCUCAGUGGCACCCUCAGCUUCACCAGUGCAGAGGAUGACCCUGACGACGAAGACGAGGACGAUGAGGCGGGCCUCGACUCGCCACCCUCUGGAGACGGGACAUCGGGAGAAGACGCAGAACGAAGUCCCCCACCUGAUGGACAACGGAGCAGUCAAGUCCUGGCUCGCCAGCUGCAGGAUUUCUGGAAAAAGUCUCGGAACACCCUAGUUCCACAGCGGCUGCUCUUUGAGGUGACCAGCGCCAAUGUUGUCAAGGACCCUCCCUCCAAGUACGUGCUCUACACCCUCGCCGUGAUGGGCCCGGGGCCACCAGAUCGCCAGCCAGCCCAGAUCUCUCGCCGAUACUCCGACUUUGAGCGGCUGCACAGAAACCUGCAGCGGCAAUUCCGGGGCCCCAUGUCUGCCAUCUCCUUUCCCCGUAAGCGCCUGCGCCGGAACUUUACUGCAGAGACCAUUGCCCGCCGCAGCAGGGCCUUUGAACAGUUUUUGGGCCACCUGCAGGCAGUGCCCGAGCUACGCCAAGCUCCGGAGCUGCAGGACUUCUUUGUGCUGCCCGAGCUGCGGCGGGCGCAGAGCCUCACCUGCACUGGUCUUUAUCGGGAGGCUCUGGCUCUGUGGGCCAACGCCUGGCAGCUGCAGACCCAGCUGGGCACCCCUUCGGGCCCGGACCGCCCCCUGUUGACUCUGGCUGGGUUGGCCGUGUGCCACCAGGAGCUAGAGGACCCCGGGGAGGCCCGAGCGUGUAGUGAGAAGGCUCUGCAGCUGCUGGGGGACAAGAGACCCCAUCCUUUCCUGGCACCCUUUCUUGAGGCCCACGUCCGCCUCUCCUGGCGCCUGGGCCUGGACAAACGGGAGUCCGAGGCCCAGCUUCAGGCCCUCCAGGAAGCAGGCCUUACCCCUACCCCACCCCCCAGCCUCAAGGAGCUGCUCGUCAAAGAGGUGCUGGACUAGCUUUUUCCUGUCUUAAGGCCAUACCUAAGAGAGGGGCCGCCCCGGGUUAGGGGGCAGGGGCUGAGGACACAACUACCAGGAGCCCCUAAAGUAGUUCCAGAAAAAGUCUGCAGCAGACUGAGAGGAACUUUGUUUUGCCAGACAGGACUCAGAACAGGCUCUAGCUGGGGUUACCCUAGGAUUAUACCAGGAGAAAGUCUUGGUACAGGCUCUUCAGCCUACCACAACUGGAGGCUGUGGCCAAGGUCAGGAUCAAUGUCUCCUUUUCCAUGGGCCUCUAAACAAGU